AUGGCCGCGGCCCCGACGGGAUUCUUGUUCGCGCUACCAGAAUCUCUGUUUGACAAUGCACGGCUGGCUGGAGACACUACGCCAUAUCAAGCGACCAGCGGCAGUGGGCCUGACUCGGCACAGGGCGAGCAGGACCCCUCGACAGCCACGCCAGCGCAGCAGCCACAGCCGGGGCAAAAGCCACAGGAGCAGGAGCAGCAACCGGCCCCCGCCGACGCCGCCUGGGGGGAGGCGGGCGCCACCUGUAUCGCCUGCGGCAUAGGUGUGAACGGCCCCGGGUUCGCAUCGCCGGCGGAGCAGCGUCAGCAUUUCAAGACCGACUGGCACAGAUACAAUGUGAAGCGGCGCGUCGCGCGCAAGCCUGCGGUCAGCGAGGACCAGUUUGACCGAAUCGUGGAGGAGGAGGACGAGGUGUCAAGCAUAUCAGGCUCUGACACCGCCGACAGCAGCAGCGACGAGGACGAGGGAGUUGAGGAGGGGGACGAGGAGGAGCAGAGCCAGGGUGGCGGCGAGGACGGCGGCGGCGGCGGCGCGGCAGCCGCGCGGCGACAGCAGCGGCGGGCGCGGCGGCAGCGGGAGCGCGGCGGGGGCAAGGCGCCGCAGCUGGUGUUUGAGUCCGCGGACGGCGCGCCGCUGGCCGUGUGGCGCUGCCUGCUGUACCCUGACCACGCGAAGGGCCGCCCCGCCGACUCAGACCUGCUCCAGGAGCUGCGCCGCGUGCGGCGGGGCGCCGCGUGCUGGGCGCUGCUGCUGCUGCGCGGCGGGCACUUUGCUGCGGCGGUGUUCCGCGUGCGGCCGGCGCCGACGGGCAAGGGGCAGCACGCGGGGGAGCCUUUCGAGGUGGUGGCCCACAAGACGUUCCACAGAUACGUCGUCAGGGCCAAGGCGGGCGGCAAGCAGUCCUCAAAGGACGCCAGCGGCAAGUUCGCCAAAUCGGCGGGCAGCGCGCUGCGGCGGUACAACGAGGGCGCCCUGGCGCGGGACAUAGCGGACCUGCUGGCGGAGUGGCGCCCGAUGCUGCAGGGGGCGGACAUGAUCUUUGUGCACGCACCCUCGUCCAACGCUAAGCUGGUCUUUGGCGCCAGCGCGGCCGGCGACCGCGCGGCGCCCGGCGAGCGCUGGGCGCUCGACCCCGCCGACCAGCGCGUGCGGCGCGUGCCGUUUGUGACGCGGCGGCCGACGUUCAGCGAGCUCAGGCGGGUGCUGCUGCUGCUGGGCGCGGUGAUGCAGCCGCGGAUGGAAGAGGUCCACGAGGAGGAAGAGGAUGGAGAGGCGGGGGAGGACGCACAGCAGCAGAAGCGGCGACAGCAGCAGGAGGAGGGGAAGGGAGGGGCGAGAGCGGAGGCAGCGGCGGGAGCGAGCGGCAGCGGCGGGGCAGACGGCGCUGCGGCGGCCGCCGCAGACGGCGCAGCAGCGGGCUCGUCUCGGAAAAAGGCGGAUGACCCCCCGCUGCUCAAGGCAGCGAAGGCGGGCGACGCCGACCGCGUGGCGCGGCUGAUGGAGUCGGGUGCCCACGACCCCGCGGCCGCGGAUUCGCAGGGGCGCACCGCCUAUCAGCUGGCCGCAAACAAGGAGGUUCGCGACGCGCUGCGCCGCGCCAUGGCGGCGGCGCCGGACGCGUGGGACUGGGGCGCGGCCAGGGUGCCCAGCCCCCUGACAGACGAGCUCGAGGCGGCGCAGGCGUCGAAAAAGGCCGAGAAGAAGGCGCGCCAGAAGGCGAAGGACAAGGGCCGCCAGGAGCUGUCGCAGGAGAAGAAGGCCGAGGCGGCGGCGGCUGCCAAGGCGGCGAUGGAGGAGGAGAUAGCCAGGGCGGCGGCGGAGGCGGCCGCCAUAAGCUUGAGGGCGAGCGCGGGCCGGGGUGCGGCUGGCGGCAGGCAGGGCGCCUCGCAGGUGCGCGGCGGCAGGCAGGGCGGGCGCGCCGGCGGCGGCCGCGGCGGGCCCCAGGGCCCCCCCUCAGCAGAGGAGCAGGCGCGGCGGCGGGAGCAGCUGGCGGCGGCGGCGGAGGCGCGCCUCAAGGCGCUGCAGGGGGCGCAGCAGCGGCAGCAGCUCUGGUCAGUCCCCGGCGGCCUGGGCGCGGGGCUGGCGCAGGGGCGCGUGCUACCGGACUCUCGCAUGGCCGGGGUGAAGCAGCGCCCCGCCAGACCUGCAGAACGAGGCGCGCAGUCAAACAGCGGCGGCCAACGCAGCAGCGGCGGCGGCGGCGGCGGCAUCGGUAGGGGCGGCGCGGCGUGGCUUGCGGCAGGCUUCCUGGUGGUUUCUCUGCUGAGCCGGCGGCAGGCGGCCAGCAGCGGCAGAUGA